CAAAGGAUAAAAACCUCACUGAGAAGGAAGCAAACAUAACAGUGUAUGUCUAGCUACAGUAAGAAAAGAAAGAAAAUUUUGAACUGGAAAUUAACAUAGAUGUGCUCCUAGCUGUGUUCAGACUGUGUUCAUGUGCUAAGAAACCAAGAGGGAUUCUGAGGUUAUUAUAUAAAUCUGAUGUGUGACCAAUAAUGAAGACAACACAGAAUAUUGAGCAGAACACUGCAGGCCAAAGGAAAAGAAACUCCAGCUCUUUUAUAGGCAACACUUAUGCACAUACCUGUGAUGUUAAUAUCCACCCGUUUCUUCACAUAAGCAGUCCUUUCACCGGUGUGCUACCACCAUUUGGAACGUCACAAGCUAUCCUGUUAAGAUUAGCCCAACUUCGAGCUCAACUGAUUUUAAACAUGAUAAGUAACUUUACUGCUGGAAAUCAUAGCAGUGGGAACCCCUUUGCCCUUCUUUGUCUCUUGCAAGCUGCGGGCACUCAGAAAAACCCAUUUUUGACCAUGUAUCAACCCUCAAAUAUUGCCCUUUCUCAUCUAUUGCACAGACGAAAUGUAAAUUACAUAACACACAUGGUUAAUCCUCCUUCAUCGAAUGGUCCUAUAAUGUCAUCAGUGACAGAAAUACGUUCAAUGGUCAAUAAUACGCAGAGCUGGAUCGCAACGCAAGGUAAACUGCAAGCAAAAGAGGUCAUUCAGGAGACAAAAACAGGCCUUGGUUUAAGUAGUAACACAACACAGCGUAAAAACCCAUGUGACAGAUUCAAUGCCAACCAUGUUGCAAGUGUGGAAAGUUUUCCGUGUAAGCCAAUAUCUACCAUUAAAGGUCCCAAUGUAACAAUGUCUACUGAUAGACAAGUUUCGAAAACUUUAUCCUCUACACCCUUGGGAGAAGGAAAAUCUGAAAAUCUGCCAUCAGAUAAUCUAAGCAUGGCAUUAGCCAGCCUUGGCCUUUCACUUGAGGACCUAGAAUUACUCAGUCACUGCCCAGAUGACCAUCUAACAACGGAAAUGCUCCCCCAAAUUAUACGAGACAUGCAACAGCACAAACAACCAAAGAAUACAAUACAAACUUCACAUGAAAGCAACAUGCCGGGAAGGGUCAUUGAAUACGGUCAUACAAGCGUGACCUCCAAUAAACAAGUAAAAUCACCUAGAGAGUCAGUAUAUAGUUACGGGAAACAUCAUACAGAAAGACAUCAGAAGAUAAGGCAUAGUACAUUGCAGGAAGACCGUCCUAUGUCACAAUCUCGUCCUUUGUCUUCUUCCACCAGUCCUGCUUUACAAAGCCCCUAUGGACACCCGUGUGACAUCCAUUCACACGGCUCCCUCAAACCUAAAAGAUUCAGCUCAUCUGACCUUUAUAAGAAGUUGUCUCCCCAGUCCAGAGUGCUUAAAAGAGAUUCAUCAGGAAGAAGAUUAAGAUUCUUCUCUAGGAGAUUGCAAUGUGGAGUCUCUGAAGUGUCCAUAAGGAGGCCUGGUUCUGUCUCAUCCCCGAGUAUAAAGCACAGCUUCAUUUCCUCAGGCUAUAAUACAGCAAGAAAUGAUAAAACACAUAGCCCCAGAUCCAUUACUUCGAAUGCUAUGAGAAAAUGUCAUAAUGAGCUCUCGUUUUCAUAUGUGACAUCAGGAAUAACAUCUGAAUCCAUGAGGACUCAGACACCGAGGGGAUUAAUUCGUAUGUCUAGAAUCCCUCUUGACUUUCCUGAAAGUGAACUUAUCAACAUGGCAGCUCCCUUUGGUCAGCCUGUUGAAGUUUUAAUAGCAUCUGAAGUGGACAUGGUCACUCAUCUAGAAUGGAAAAAGGCUUUAGUGAUGGUUCCAACUGAAGUCUCAGCACAGGAGAUGGUAAAGGUUUACUCUGCCAUCCCACUUCACAUGAGACAGCAAAGUUUGGAGCUGGUGUCCCAAACUGUAGAUCUGACUUCACCUUUGUCAGUGUUUCAUGCUUUUGUAGGACCAUCAACAUCAAAUGGGCUGCUAACUCCCGUGGACCAUCUGCUGGUGGUAUGUAAUGUACCUCACCAGCCCUCUGCUGUGACUGGAGUCUUACGACUACUAAAACCUUUUGGAAAAGUUUCCCGAACACUGGUAUUUUAUGGAAACAAGGUGGAUAUUGACCAGUGCCUUGGGAAAAGUAUCCAGCUGGUUUUAGAGAUGGAAUCUGCUGCGGUUGCUUUAUCUGUUUAUGAGUGGUCUCAAAAAGUUCCUUGUAUUUAUCACAACCACCAUCUGUCUUUCUUUAGAUGGUCUAAUAUAGAGAAAAAUACACCAGAGUUGUUUCUUUUCUGUUAAGAAUGUAUAUUUUAGUCCUUGGGCACAAUAAAUAGUCUAUUUGUUUGACUUUAACAUUUUAUAUGGUGGGAUACUUUAUUUGGAAUAUGUUUUCUAAUAAUAUUUCUUAAUGUGCAACUAUGUUAUAUUUAUGAAUCAACAAAAUUGCUUUUAGGAAGUGAUGCAUUUUCAAAAAGAUGUCGUUCCCUGACCGGGAAUCGAACCCGGGCCGCGGCGGUGAGAGCGCCGAAUCCUAACCACUAGACCACCAGGGAGCUGUGUGCAAUGCAUUAAAAUAAAACCUGUCAGAAUAUGACUAUGUAAAUAAUUGUAGUACUAUUAUUUAACAUAUUAAUUUUAGAUAAACCAAUAAAAUAUGAGAUGAUCAUAAACGUUGUGAAAUUUUACUAUAUAUGCACUGCAGAAAUGUCUAAAGAAAACUAACAUAAGCUGAGUAACGUUAGUUGAACCUCCUUCUCUCCUUAGUCUUUGUUUCAUCAUAUUUAUAGAAUAGUAAAUACGGUAUGUAAAAUAAAGUGUCAUAAAAUCAUGUUUGCUGCCACAACUAGGUAGGCUACUGCGCUAUUGAAAAAAAAAAACAGAAAAUCUAAAUUCAAUGUCUAAAUGUGCCUGACUAAAUCUAACCACUAACCAAUGGUCAGAUUUCAUUCGAUAAAUUUGGGGAUUUCAUUUUAUAAGUAAAUGUAAACUGCUCUAAUGUUUACAAAUAAUUAUUAAAACAUUGAUAGUUUUGCUACUCUGUAAGUAGCGCUUUAACGUUAUACGCAUGCCAAGU